AAACAAAAACUACCAGAUAAAAAGACCGAAAAGAAACCUGUUACCGAAAAUGAUGAAUUUAUAUUCAUAACAAAUGAUAAAAGGUACAUUUUAACGAAAAAAGAAAUUCAAGCUAAAAUUGAUGGAUUGAGAAAACGACUGAACCUUAAAAAAAAUAAAACUAAAGUAAUUAAUUUGCUUAAGAACUUCUAUGGUACAUAUUUCUACAAGGGAUUCAUGGGACGUACACAUUUUGCAAAGAAUAAUCCAUUGUGUUUAGUUGAUAGAGUGAACGAUUUUGUUCCUAGUUACUACGAAUUUUUAGGUUAUAGAAUACUUUUUGAUUUUAUUAGUAAGAUUAUUAUAGAAAAUACUUUGAUAUUAUCAGAAAUUGAUAGAGAUAAUUUUAUUAGUGAGGUCAUCAUUCCAGAAAUGGGUGUACAACUAAUUAUGAAAGAUUUAAAUGUCGAUUAUAAAUUAGGUAUUGAGAUUCGUGAAUUUAGUUCUGAAUAUGGUUCGGUACAUUUUAUCGGUAAUGAAGAUCUUUC